GUUUGGGCGGACCGGUGCAGGUCCUAAAUGCGGCGCUGACCGGCUGCGCCCACGCUGCAAAGUGGCAACUCUGUUUGCAGCUCGUGCAGUCCGCGACGAGUGCUUGUGGCACUCCGGACGUGGCCACGUUUGGCAUCGCCAUCAGUGCCCUUGAGCGCGGUCGGGUCUUCUGGGGCCGUGCGCUCUCACUGCUCGCAGAGUCUCAGCGUGGCUCGCUCAAUCGCACCUCGGUCUACAACACAACGAUUUCUGCAGUGGGUGCCACCAGCAGAUGGAGGAUGUCCCUGCACCUGUUACAGAGCAUGCGUGACCACGCCCAGGAACCGGACACCAGCAGCUUCAAUGCGAGCUUGUCAGCCUGCGAGCGGGCGUGGCAAUGGGAGCAGUGCUUGCAGGUCCUCUGGGAUGCAGGGUUUUCUGCCGAUGCAGCAAGCUACAGCAUCGUCGCGGGCUCCCUCGAGCAGGCAGGGCUCUGGCAAGAGGCGCUUCAGCUUCUUCGAGGUGUCCCGGACCUGCCGCUGCCCUCAUGGAGAGUUCUGGUGAGGGCAUCGGCGGCCCAAGGCUGGCAGCACAGCCUGAGUUAUCUCCUCAAUCUGCUCUCCCUCUCCCUGCCUGGGGAGCCCCUUUUGGACUUGGCCCUGGUGGACUCGGUGCUUGGAGCCUGCGCUCGUAGCCUCGCCUGGCGGCAGGCCCUCAAAGCCCUGGAGCUUCUGGGCUCAUGGGAUGCCUCUUGCCUUGUGCAGGCGCUCCACGCAUGCGAGAGCCUCCACAAAGGACCGCAGUGCGAAGUGCUGCGACAGGCACUGGGGGCAGCCCUGAGCCGCUCGGCCCUCCGCAGUCCGAGCCGAAAAGCCAACGACCGCAGCGAGCGCGGCAUCUUCGGAACGUCCCUGCACGGCCUUGUUGUUCUUGCCUCCUGGAUCCGUGCUCGGACGUGCGGUCAGCCGAGCGCCGGGCCGAGCACUUCUAUGGCCUUGGAGAGGAAGGUCCUUCAGGAGCAGGACUCAGGGGGAUCCGAGCUUGGUGGACUGGGCAGUGGGCAAAUGCGUUCGCUUCUCCAGCAGCACGUCUUCACUGCAGAAGCCAGCAAGGUGCCGGAAAAGCCACGCUACAGUUUCGUUCCCGGUUCGUGGCAGGUCGAAGUAGAGUAG